CAACGUGCUGGUGGAAGUGGAAGCGAAUUGAAAUCGCGCGCUGCUCUAUUCGCUUGUUUAUGCCAAAGUCCAUGGUAAUUAGUCGUUUGGAACUGGACGGAUUGGCUCAGUGACACCAUUAGCCAUUGGCUUUCCUACAUGCCCAGGGAUUGGCUUCACCUCGCAUUGUGGAUAAACUGAGACGCUAAAGUCGUUGUCGCCGUCACCGCCUCCGCCACGCCCACCAAGGGGGCAGCACCCAGAUCUCCGGUUGCGAACUAGUAGUGACGCCAACGUGGUCGAUCGCCGUUGUCGUCAUCAACAACGUUGUGUUCGUCGAACUGUGAGAUUAUUUAAUGUUGGCCACCGGUUUUCUGGCUCGCAGAACCGUACUUAACCAGCCGGCGUUCAAUUCAUGGAGCACACUCCUCCGGACCGCUAGAAAACGACCCACAUCCACGGUUGCUGCCAGAGUUCCACUAAAGCUUCAGUCACAGCGGCAAUUCACAAGAGCAUACUCGUCCUCCAAAGUCAUGGAAACGCUCGCGGAUGUAUUCCGCGGCAUUACGGAUCGAUUUGCCGGAGUCACAGUCGAUGGACGCGAGGAGAACGUGGACAAAGCCAGUUUCCGGGACAAGCUGACAAAAUCCCUGGACUUUUGGACGACGAACAAGAACCGGGCCAUUUGGUUCCGUGUGUAUAAGGAGCAGGCCGAUUGGGUUCCCAUUCUGGCGGAGAACGGCUUUGAUUUCCAUCAUGCCAAGACCGGUGUGGUAGUCAUGUACCGCUGGCUACCGGAGCACGAGUCCAGCAAUCUGCCCACCUACGCCCACACGCUGAUGGGCGUCGGUGGACUGGUGAUCAACGAACAGGACGAGGUGCUGGUGGUGUCCGAUCGUUAUGCGAUGAUACCGAACAGCUGGAAGCUGCCCGGCGGCUAUGUGGAGCCGCGGGAGAAUCUCAUCGAUGCGGCGAUACGCGAGGUGGCCGAGGAGACGGGAAUCCGCACCGAAUUCCGCUCAGUGGUCAGUCUGCGGCAUGCCCAUGGCGGCACCUUCGGCUGCUCCGACAUGUACGUGGUCAUCGCCCUAAAGCCACUAAAUUUGGACUUUACGCGCUGCGAACGCGAGAUAGCGCGCAUCCAGUGGAUGCCCAUCGCGGAGUAUCUGAAGCAUCCGCAGGUCCACGAGACGAACAGGCAGUUCGUCUGCACCUUUUUGGACUACCAGAAGCGCGGCCUGACCCUCACCUGUCGCGACGAAGUGCAUCAGGUGCUGAAGAAGAAAUACAAUUUGUAUUACGUGGAUCGGGAGCAGCAGGAUAAAAAGAAUUCGUGAGACUUGUCGGUGCACUGGCUAAAUCCUUAGUGCAAUUUUUAUAAAGUCCUUUCUUCCAAAAGCCAGCAGCAGCACAACUGCGCAUUCAAAUGUUCACAAUGUAGUCAAUAAAUGCUUUUUUUUGUAUAUAAUUAUAUGAAUAUAUCAAUUAAAGCUCACGCAGCCUUUUAAAAAAC